GACAGACACUCUCUGAGCACUGCCGGCCACCGGAUAAGGGAUGAUCUGGGGCCGCGUGGGACGAGGUCGGAGGAGUCUUCCCCGGGGAGACCUCUAAGCACGGUCUCCAGGAAGAACAGGUGUCUGCCGGGGUGGAAGGAAGUGGGCAAAGCGAAUGAGGGCUGGAGGUAAAGCACAAGGAAGGGUAAUAAGACAAAGAAAUAAGAAAGAGGGCUGUCGAGCGGCUGGAGCACGGGGGUGUGAGCGCAGGGACCGGUGUGGGACGCGCCAGACUGGGCGGCGCGUUGAAACCAUCCUGGGGUUUGGAUUCAUCUCCCAGCUCCCUGGAAAGCACAACACAGUCCUAACUCCCAGUCCAGCGUGCGCAGCCGGCAACCCCCGCGGAAGCGGAGGGAUGGGGUGUCCCCAGCUAGGGACCUCGAAGUCUCUGUAUGCGAAUUCCUGGGAACUGAGAUUUGGGGCAGAACCAUUCUUGGGAGGUGGAGAGGGGAGGAGUGGCCCUGCACUCGGAACCCGAGCCCACGGAACCUGCUGGAACCGCCGCUCGACUCUUCUCCUCAUUCUGAUUUUUGCGCUCUGCUUCUCCACCAAGAGUUCCACUCACACGCGACCCGCAGUCCCGGGCCCCACUGGCAGCUCCCGGCCGCCCACUCCCGCGCGUGGUACGGCCCGCGGGCGCCCACUCCGGGCGCUGGUUAUAAAGGCCCGGCGGCUGCAGCCGACUGCGGACUCAAGAUGCGUCCUAAGGGGUCGGGGCCCGGCUACGUGAGGCACCGGUUCAGACCCCGGGAUCCGGCGGGAGUCAGCCUCGCACCCCCACUCGCAGCCAAUCCCACUCCAGAGCCCUCUGCACAGGUGGCACCCGCCCCUGCGCGGGCACCCGCGGCCAGACAGGGAGCAGGAUCCAGAUCCCCAUCCGUCUCGGGACGCCCAGCCGGAGCUCGCGCGACCUCCAAGGCUGGAUCGGCGACAGGACCCCCACGCGCAUCCGCAUUCUCAGUCGCCCAGGGGAAUGCCCAGUCCGUGCACGGCAACUCGGAUGCGCCACGGACCCGCUUCAUGUUCCAGGGGCCCGUUGGUCCCCGGGCCACUGGCCUGGGGACUGGAAAGGCGGCGGGCAUCUGGAAGACGCCGGCCGCCUACAUCGGCCGUCGGCCUGGGGUGUCUGGCCCGGAGCGCGCAGCCUUUAUCCGGGAGCUGGAGGAAGCGCUGUGCCCUGACCGACCCCCGCCAGUCAAGAUCACCCAAGAAGAUGUCAAACUGAUGUUAAAUCUUCUAGAGGAGAGGGAGCGGGACCUCCAUAUGGCGGCUCGCAUUGGCCAGUCCCUGGCGAAACGGAACAGUGUUCUGAUGGAGGAGAACAGCAAGCUGGAAGCCAUGCUGGGCUCAGCCAGGGAGGAGGGAUCCUCUCCCCCCCACUGGCAGAUUUUACACCUCAGACACCAGGUGAGCUUGCGAGAUGAUCUCCUCCAGCUCUACUCCGACUCGGAUGAGGACGAAGAGGAGGAGGGAGAGGAGGAGGAGGAGGAGGAGGAAGAGGAGGAGGAGGAGGAGGAGGAGGAAGAGUGGCAGCGUGAUCAUCUCUAUGGAGCCUCUGAGCCGACUUCUGUGUGGGAGUCAAGGCACCAGUGCCCGCAGCUGGAAACCCUGCAGGAGCAGCUGCAGCAGCUGCAGGCGGAGAACGAGCAGCUGAGAGAGGAGGCCUCUCACCUGGACGCCGUUGAGGAGGAGGAGCAGAAGCUCAUCCUGGAUUGUGUGGAGCAGUUUUCCGAGGCCAGCCAGCAGAUGGCCGAGCUGUCGGAGGUGCUGGCGCUCAGGAUGGAGACCCACGACCAGCAGCGGAGGGAGGUCACCCAGCUGCGGACCCAGGUCCUGACGCUGCAGCGGUGCUGCCAGACGUACGGAGCCGAGACGGAGAAGGUGAAGCAGCAGCUGGCGUUGGAGAAGGAAAUCCAGAUGCGGCUCCAGGAUGAGAACCUGCAGGUGGCUUCCCAGCUGCAGGACCUGCGGGAGAAGUUCACAGAGCGUGAGGGCGAGCUGACCGAGGCCCAGGAGGAGGUGGAGACCCUCCGCCGGCGAGCCCCUGUGUCCACUGGCCCAGUCACCCACUACACAUACACUGUACCCCUGGAGGCCCUUCCUGGUUUCCAGGAGACCCUGGCGGAGGAGCUCAGAAUGUCUAUGAGGAGGAUUAUCUCAGACCCUGUGUUUUUUAUGGAAAGGAAUCACAGAACGACUACAGAGGAGAUGUCACAUCUGGGGUACAAGCUGUGCUGCAAUGAGGCCCGAGAGCAGGACCGCGGGUUCGAGGCUGAGAAGGGUUUAAUGACGGCGGAGGAUUUUGUGGCAGAACAUUUUGUGCCUUCGGAGGAGUUGGGGGCCACAGAAGAGGGUGUGCCAUCCGAGGAGGGGUUGACAGAAGAGGCAGAGGAGGCUGAGGCCUGGGAGGAGGUGGAGCCGGAGCUGGAGGAGGUGACGCAGACGAACGCAGUGCCCUCAACCCUGGAGGCUGGCGGCGCGGGCCCCUCUCACCUAAGCAUGAAGCGUGUCCUCCAGCAGCUGGCUAACUGGCAGGACUUGGGGUACAGGCGGCAGCUGAGGCAGAAGACGCUCCAGAAAGGUGCGUGCUCCCGCGGGGGCCUCGCUCUGGCCAACCGGACAAGGACAAGCUGCAGAUCAUCAAGCCGAUGAAAGAGAUUCUCUGAUGGUUAGUGGUAGCCAAAGAACACUGCAGCCAUCGUCAUCAUCGCUCUUCUGUCUCAAAUGCUGAGGCCAUCGGCUCCAUCCUCGUACCCCAUGCCGGUGGACCAGCGACGAGAAUCGUAGUAAGGCUGUGGCCACAACACUCCAGGAGUUAUCAGCACCCUGCUUGAUACUAGCAGUUGUCUGGCUAGCGAAGGGUCAAAUUCCAGAAUCCCAAGAUGGCAGUGUUGCUUUCUACAACCCUUCUAGGACCAAGCGUUUUCAGAUGAGUCUCCCUGCCCAGAGACAGACUUGGAAAUAAGGAUUUGAGUGCAAGUAGUUUAUUUGGGUGGUGAUCCCAAGGAACACCAGUGGGAGCGUGAGUGUGCGACACAGGGGAGGGAGGCCCGUCACCAAAGGAUGUCCUCGAGCAGAUUCCUGCUGUGGGUAAGUGGGGCUCAGUCCCGCUGGGGAAUUCUGGGAGACAGAGCUGAAUACACCUCAGCGUUACCCCGCCCGAGGGUGAGGGAGCCGGAGUAGUGAUGCUCCUGGUCUCACCUGUCACGGACUCAGAGCUGCUUCUGGAGGCACUAACUGCAGCGUUUGCCUCCUGCCUUGCACUCGGAACCCCCCGGGGAACGGUAGCACGUGCUUGUGGAAGGAUGCUGCUGACAGGCAGAGAGCUAUGAGGGAAUAUGGGUGAAACAUCAGCAGAGCCUGUGCCGGCCACUCACCUGCCCAUCUGGCGAAUAUUUUUGGAUACCUCCUGUUCUUGGAACCGGGGACACAGCAGGGAAGAGGGACACGUGGUCCCCACUCUUACAGAGGUGCCCUUCUAACUGGGGAGGUGGGCAAUAAGCUAGUUAAUGAGACAAGGACAGGGCGCAGUGCCAGGGACUCUGGGGCCCUCGGGGGCGGUUAGAGAGUACUGGGCACCGCAUACGAAGCAGGAGGAGCAGAACCUGUGGGUCUCUCAGAAGAGGCAUGUCAGCCAGGACCCCAAGGAGAAAAAGGGGAGCCAGCCAUGUGGGUGCCUGGGAAAAGCCUUCGGGGCACAGGAACGGUGAGGACAAAUGUUCUGAGCAGGACCAAGCACGGCGCGUUUGUGUAAGGAAAGGGGAGGAAGGAACGUGGCACCUGCUGGGAGGAUGGCAGGGCGGACUUAGGGCUUUGGCCAGGAGUUUAGGUCUUAUUCUAAGUGUGACAGGAAGCAUUGGAGGGUUAGAACCUGGAGUGGCACAAUUUGAUUUAUCUUUUAGAAAGUGGACUCUGGUUGUGACCCCACCACCACUUUCCACCUGCACGAGUGGAUUCGGGGUCUGUGUGAGGCUCUGGGGACACCCAGAAGACAGAGUCAUGGUCCCUGCCCCCAGGAGAAUGCUCCGUUCUCCCCGCUGCCUCAACCCUGUCCCCACCAGCUCCCCUCUCCUGCCCCACACUUGACACAACGGGAUCCACUGGAAGCUAGUUUAUUUGGAGUGGUUUGUCAUGGGGCUGGGGUGGGCUGAGAGAUGGCUCGGCGCUGAAGCUCCGUGCUAGGGAUGUCGGUCCCCUUCCUCAGCGCUGCGGCGGCCGAAGUCCAUCCAUCCGUACGCUGCUUCUUCCUCCUCCACCCACGGUCCCUGCUUCUUGGACAGGUCUGAGGGGCAGAGGGCAGAGAGGAUGUGAGGCUAUGGGAAGGACCUCUAGCCGCUGGAAACCAAGGCCGGGGGCCAAGCCUGGCUAGGCGAGACAAGCAGGGACGGCUG